AACGACCCUUAGCAACCGACCUGGCGACCGUUUCCCGGGCGCUCCGGCAACCUUCCAGCUCUUCCUUUCCAGUCUGCCGCUCGGCUGGGCCGAGCCUGGGGAAGGGCCGAAGGGGACCCGCUGUGUCCCCCCCCCUAAGUGGGCAGCAAGAGAACAAAGCAUGGAUGGCACCCGGAGAGUCAGAGCAACCCCCGUCCUUCCCAGAUGUGGUCCACCAUGCCUAUUUAAAGGACAUUUAAGCACCAAAAGUAAUGCUUUUUGCACUGACUCCUCUUCUCUCAGACUAACCACUCUCCAGCUGGUCAAGAAUCACAUGGCUGUUCACUAUAAUAAAAUCCUUUCAGCCAAAGCUGCUGUUGACUGCUCGAUUCCAGCGAGCAUGAGUGCCAGCAUCAAAUAUGCAGACCAGCAACGGAGAGAAAAGCUCAAAAAGGAAUUAGCACGAUGUGAAAAAGAGUCUAAAUUAAGUAAAACUUCAGCUCAGGCCAAUUCUAAAAAUAAAUUCAAGUCAUUUUUUAACACUCUCCAAAAGCCUUUAGGGGAACCGCAGAACCAGGACAUGUUGAUAGAAGAAGCGAAUGAAUUUCCAUCCUUUGCAAAGGCGCUCCUGCCUCCUUCGGAGACACAGCUAAGUCUGCGUAAACCUGACAGAGUCCCCACGAAUGGUGCUGCAAGGAACCACCGUUCCUGUGCCUCCAGCACGGACUGCCUAACGUCCGGUCCCAGGAGCCCAGGCCCGGGCACCAUGCGUGGCCUGCGGCCCAGGAGCGCCUUCCCCAGCUCCCACCGGAUUGAGGUGGUCAUCUCAAAAGCUGCCAGUGGGGAUCUGCUAGAAAAACACGCCGACUGCUUUUCUAACAAGCAGUUGCCAUUCAUGCCACGCACUUUAAAAACAGAAGCAAAAUCUUUCCUGUCACAGUAUCGAUAUUACACACCUGCCAAAAGAAGAAAGGACUUCACAGGUCCACAGAUUGAGGCUGAGACCCAGACUGAAUUAAGCAGUUUUAAUUCUGAGUUGGGAACAUCUGAGAUUAAGAAAUGGACAGAUAAUUCAGAAGUGAACUUAAAGCAGACAUUAACCACUGUAUUUAUCAUUUGUAGGUUUUUAGAACGACUAUUUGAACGACAUGUAAAACAAAAUAAACAUCGUUUGAAAGAGGAAAAAAUGCGCCACCUGCUGCAUGGCCUGAAAAUAGACUUAGGCUGCGGAUCAGAGGACAACUCAGGACAGCCAAAGGCUCUCAAGAUGUUGAGCUCAUUUGAGUUUGAAAAGGCCACGAAUUUAGAGCAAAAUGGACAGGACAUAGCAAUUCAGCAGGAGCGCCAGCAGUACCAGAAUGCUUUGGAUAUGUUGCUGUCUGCACCAAAGGAGGACAACGAGAUGUCGUCCUCGCAAGGUGAAUUUUUCAUGCCUGUCUACAAGUCAAAGAACUCAGAAGAGGUUACAAUUCAGCAGGUCAGUGAUGAAGCAAACUUUGAACCUUCAACGUGGGAUGAAAGUAAUUUAAGGAUUUCUGACAGCUUGCGAGACCGCGAAACUUCUGUGCACGUCAUUGAAGGGGACAGUGACACCGAAAGGGCUGAGCCAUCAGAUGAGUUGAGUUGUCUUAGCCCCUCCCUGUCCCAGGCUGUUCAGUUGUAUGGUGACAGUAAUCAUGACAAGGAAUUGCCGAGGCUUAAAAUCAUGGAAAUGAGCAUAGAGAACAGCUGCCCUUUGGAUACUUGACCAUCAAUAAAUACCUCAGCUGGCCAAGUAACUCAGUACUAUUUUUCUCCUUUUUUAAAUUUUACAUAGUAAAAUUUCUACACUAAUUUUUUAGGCUGCAUAGUAAAUUGCCAUAAGCUUUGCAGUGUAGAAUGUCACACAUUUGUCAUUUAUCCCCGUCUCCGAGGACCCAGAGUGUCAGUACUGAAGCUAGGGCGCCUGCUCAGGGUCUCAGAGAACAGCAGCCAAGGCAGCGAUGGAGCUGCGGUCUCCUAUAGAGGCCACACUCGGGAGAACCCUCUUCGAAGCCCUGCAGUGUUAGAGUUCUUUUCCUCGCAGCUCUGUGCCUAAGGGCUUCAUUCCCUCACCCGCCAUCAGCAAAGGCUAUGCCAUUCCCUGCCACUUAGCUGCUUUCCGUAGGCAGCUUCUGUGGCUGCCUGUUUGUUCAAGAUGAACAGGAGAACCCAGGACUCUGCCAACAAGAUGGAGUCUGAGGCAACUUAAGACAGUUAAGAUUGGCUUCCCAUCACCUCUGCCAUAUUCCUCUGGUUAGAAGCAAGUCCCAAGUCUUCCACAUAGGGCUGGGGGGAUGUCAUACAAGGCUGUGAGUGCCAGAAGAUGAGGAUCACUGGAGUCACCUGAGGAUCUGUUGGUCACAGUUUCUAAAGUUGCUCCUCAGAAUAACAUAUUGUAUCGAGUCAUGAGUGGUUUUGUAGACAAGGAGCCAUGGUGGCUGGUACACUUACGACAUCCCUGCAGUGGGGGAGGCUGAGGCAGGAUCACCAUGAGUUCAGGGCCCUUCUGGCC